AUGGCGUCACGAAAACGAGGAAUAACGCCGGCACGAGACCAAGUUCGACGUAAGAAGCUGUCUCUCGACGAGACCGACAAUAUUGAAGUUUUUUGCCGUCUUUGCCCGUAUUCUGGCUCGACGCCAAGCCUCAAGGCAAUCGAUGACCUAUCCAUACAAACAUUGCUUCCGCCACCCCAAUUCAGGCGUGAGAAUGCACCACAAGUCGAGAAAAUCUUCGGAUUUGGACGUGUUUUCUCAGAAGCCGAUGGACAGGAAGUCGUUUUCGAACAAACUUCUGUGGACUUGAUUGUAAAUCUUCUGAAGGGCCAGAACUCUUUGUUAUUCACUUAUGGAGUUACCGGAUCCGGAAAAACGUACACAAUGACUGGAAAACCCACGGAGAGCGAUACGGGAUUGUUGCCUCGAACACUCGAUGUAAUUUUCAAUAGUGUGAAUAAUCGUGUCGACAAAUGCAUAUUCUAUCCGGCGGCUUUGAAUACUUUCGAGAUUCGUUCAACCCUCGAUGCUCACAUGAAACGCCAUCAAAUGGCCACCGAUCGUCUUUCCACAUCUCGAGAAAUCACCGAUCGUUACUAUGAAGCUAUAAAGCUAUCUGGAUAUGACGAUAACAUGGUGUGCUCCGUGUUUGUUAGUUAUGUUGAGAUCUACAACAACUACUGCUACGAUUUAUUAGAAGACGCUAAGAAUGGAGUGUUGACAAAGCGAGAACUCCGUCAAGAUCGCCAGCAACAAGUUUAUGUCGAUGGAGCCAAAGAUGUGGAAGUAUCGUCGAGUGAAGAAGCUCUCGAAGUAUUCUGUCUCGGAGAGGAACGUCGACGUGUCUCGUCCACUAUUCUUAACAAAGAUUCGUCUCGUUCUCAUUCUGUUUUCACUAUCAAGUUGGUCAUGGCUCCAAGAGCCUACGAGACGAAGACUGUAUAUCCAGUAAUGGACUCGUCGCAGAUUGUUGUAUCGCAGUUGUGCUUGGUGGAUUUGGCAGGAUCUGAAAGAGCAAAGCGUACCCAAAAUAUGGGAGAACGCCUCGCCGAAGCCAAUUCUAUUAAUCAAUCUCUCAUGAAUCUCCGACAAUGUAUCGAUGUUCUUCGACGGAACCAGAAGAGUACUUCCAAUGUCGAACAAGUUCCUUAUCGUCAGUCGAAACUGACACAUCUGUUCAAGACUUACCUGGAAGGCAAUGGAAAGAUCCGAAUGGUGAUCUGUGUAAACCCUAAACCAGAUGAUUAUGAUGAAAAUCUGAGCGCUCUCGCUUUUGCCGAAGAAUCUCAGACGAUUGAAGUUAAGAAACAAGUUGAAAGGAUGCCAACGGAUCGUAUUCCUCAUUCUUUCUUCUCGCAAUGGAACUCUGAACUCGAUGGAGCAGUUCGAAUCGACGUUGACGAACGCAGUGAGACGCCAUGUCCACCAACAUUCUGUUUGAGGGAUUACAACGACAACGACACUGUUGAGUCGAUGCGUAAUUAUGCCCGGAAGCUUGCCGAGCUUCAGAACUCGUCAGAAGACGGCGCAUCGACUUCUCUGUUAUCGGUUAUUCGUCAAUAUAUGAUGGAGGCUGACUACCAGCGGAUCGAAAUCGCCCGCCUCAAAAACAGUCUUGAUGAAAGAGAUAAAGAAGUUGAAAGAUUGACCGGAUUUGUCAAAAAAUACAAAAGAGAAUGUCAUGGAUUGAGAGAACGUGUUGCGAAGUACGAACAAGGAGAACAGGAAACCCAAAUGGCAAUGGAGAAACUUGUCGAGCAAAACAUGGAGGACCGGAAGACGAUUCAAUCACAAAAGAAGGCGAUACGAAAUGUUCGUGGAAUCAUAGACAACCCAUCGCCAUCUGUUGCUUCCCUCCGAUCUCGUUUUGAUCAAGAGAAUAUGGGACUACAGCCGACUGCUCCAAUGCAAACACCACCUCCACCAUAUCAAACUCCUGGACGACAACCUGUAUUCAGAAAACGGCUCGAAAUGACCACCUCGACUACUGCAGUCAAUAGUGCCUCCUCUGGAGCUAACGGACAGCAGGGAUACGUGAAUCCAAAGUAUCAAAGACGCUCGAAAUCGGCAUCGCGUCUUCUCGAUCACCAGCCACUUCAUCGCGUGCCAACUGGAACGGUUCUUCAAAGUCGUACCCCAGGAAAUGCGAUAAGAACUACUAAGCCAGAGCUUCACCAACUGAACAAAUCUGGCGAAUACCGUUUAACUCAUCAAGAAGUUGAUCAAGAGGGCAACAUCAGUACCAACAUAGUCAAGGGAACUUCGAAUAUUCCAAUGGUUCGAAUGGAGGACUCGCAAAGCAGUUCAUAUUCACCUUGUUCUGAUGUUAAGUCUAUAACCAUUUACUCGAAUUAUGAAGAGUUGGAAGAGUAG